AUGCCAUCAUCGCCCCAACGAAUUUCAUCCUCAAGUAACAAUAAUUCUUCAAAAUCGGUUGGGUCCUCGGGUGUGAGGUUUAAUGAAAAAACAACUAGUGAUCGCUAUUCAAAUAACAGAUAUAGCAACGAAGGAGGAUAUCGGAGUAGAUCCGGUAGAAAUUAUGAUGACGAGGACGAUUAUGAUCGAAGAAAUAAAGAUAGAAAAAGCUAUCGUGGAGGAAGAAGGGAUUAUGAUGAUGAUUAUGAUCGUGAGAAAAAUUAUUCAAAAGGAAAUUAUUCAAGAUAUGAAAAAUAUGAUCGAUAUGCGGAUGAUGAUAGAAAAAAAUAUUCAGAUGAUUAUAAACGAGAUGACCGCUCUUCUAGGUACAAAGACUCACACAAAAAUAGUGACGAUCAUCAUUCACAACGCGAACAUUCCAAAGACAAAACAAUCAACAACACGAAUGAGAACAAUGAAACAUUGUCAACGUCCAAAGAACCUCAACAACAAGAGUCUACGGGAGAAGUCUUAUCAAAAACAACCUCUACAUCCGAUCUAAAUAACUCAUUGAAACGAAAAAUGGAAGAACAUCAGCAACAGCAAAAACGAAAAAAGAUGGGGCAAGAAAAAUAUGAUACUUCCGAUAAGGGAGAAGAAUUUAUAGGAUUAAACGACGACUCCAGCGAUAGUGUGGAGGACAAAAUUAUUGCAUCUAAAUCUGAAGAAAAUUCCAUUCAAAAAGUAGCAGAACAACUUUGGACGGAUGAAAAGGAUUUCAUUCUCAAACCAACAUCGAUCGACGAAUUAAUUGAACUUAACAAGGUUCACGUACUACGAAAAGAACAGUAUGAAAAGAAGUUGGAAAAGUUAGAGAAGAAGAAAGAUAAAAAGAAGAGUAGCAAAAAACGAAAGCACAAGGAAGGAGACGAGAUCAUUACUUCCACGUCAACCACAAAUCAAGAAGAAGAAGUUGGUCCCAAACUAUUACCCGAUAUGACUCAAGACAAAGACACUAGAUAUGAAGUUCCUUUACUGCCUGGAGAAGGUGCUGCUAUUGCAGAAUUUAUUCAACAAAAUAAGCGUAUUCCUAGAAGAGGAGAAGUUGGUUUGACAAGUGAGCAAAUUACUGAUUAUGAGAAUUUGGGAUAUGUCAUGUCAGGUAGUAGACAUGCAAGAAUGAACGCAAUUCGUAUCAUGAAGGAAAAUGAAGUAUACAUGCAAGAAGAAAAGAAACGUCUCGCUCUCUUAAGCAAGCAAGAAAGAAGCCAGAGGGAAAACAAGAUUAUUUCACAAUUCAGAGACAUUGCCAAGAGGGAAUAA